CCCAAAUUUCUUUCUUCUCUCCCUUCCAUUUCCCGAUCGGAUAGCUAGUACCUGAAAGUAGUGAGUCCGAGAAAAGUGCUCGAUUUUCCGGCGUUAGAGAAAGAGCGGCGGACUAAGGAUCGGCUGUCCUUUAGCAAGAGACGUUUAGAGAUCGGAGAUGGCGCGGCGGUACUUUGUGAUCGGGAAGCCCCUGUUCGGUCGCUCGCAUUCAUUGUUGGCUUCGUACUCUCUCACACGAUCACACUUUUCCGGUCACCGGCUUUGGCACCAUUGCCUCCUCCAGUCAGUCCCGUCUACGUCUUCAUUUUCCAGGUCUAAGAAUUUCCUUUUUCCUUUAGGUUUUAAUUCAUUCUCCAGCUCUUUCUCAACUCGUGGAUCAAUUUCGAUUCAAGAUGAAGGCUUUAGGGCUGCUGAAUCUGCUGUGCCGGCUGACCUGAUUCUUCAAGGCGAUGUAGUUGGUGGCAGGACCCUUAUAGAAUCGAUUCUUCCUGUUUCAGCUUUGGUUUCGUUGCUAGAUGGCUGCCAAUCUCUCACGGGGUUCCCUUGGUGGUUUAUUAUUGCUUCUGGAACACUGGCAACCAGGCUUACACUAUUUCCUUUUGUUGUUUUACAACUCCGCAAGUUGUCUAAGAUUGGAGAAAUGUUGCCCAAGUUGCCACCUCCUUUUCCGCGGCCUCAAUCAGGAAGGACAUUUAAAGACCAAUUCGAACUCUUCUGCAAAGAGAAAAGAGCAGCAGGUUGCCCUUCACUGUUAUGGUUCAUCUCGUCGUUUUCUCUUCAGGUGCCCUGCUUUCUCCUCUGGCUCACGACUAUGAGAAGAAUGUCACUUGAUCAUCAUAAUGGAUUUGAGUGUGGAGGAAUCCUAUGGUUUCAGAAUUUGACUGAAGUCCCUAAUGGUGCCUUAGGUCCCAUUUUACCCAUACUGAUUUCAGGCCUGCAUUUCAUUAAUGUUCAGGUUUCCUUUCGAGAUUUAUCAGUUACGAAAGUGAAUGGCACUUUUGCUUUGUUAUCUAAGUACUACAAGAUGUAUUUGGAAAUACUGGCAGUUCCAAUUUUGUUUAUUUCGUUCAAUUUGCCCCAUGGGAAUGCAGUAUACUGGCUUUGCAAUAGUUCUCUCACUCUCCUUCAGCAGGUUUCUCUAAGGCAUCCAUACGUUCGCAAGAUAUUAAAGCUACCUGAUAAGGAUGUUUCUGUGCGUGCCGCAAUACCAAAAAAAGAAGACUGUGAUGACACACAAGUGAUGGAUACUUCUACAGAGACACAGGAGAUAUCAGCUGAGAGUCUGUCGGCCCAAGAGCUUGUUAAUAUUGCAACCAAAUUCUUUGCUGAUGGUAAAAAAGAUGUGGCUCGUCAACUAAUGCAACUUGCUCUCGACAAGAAUCCGGACUACGCCAGAGCUUUGAUUCUUUCACGAAACAAACAAAUGGAUGGUGGUUUGUCAUCAGACACACAAGAACUCCUACAGAGUUGCAUUUCUGAUCUGCUUCUGAAUGCGAAACCAGUAGAAGCUGAGGAUGCUAAUCAUUUGAUCUUAUCAUCUCAAUGGGCAGGUGUAGCUUGUAUACAACAGGGGAAGCAUGAAGAAGGUAUUGCACACCUGGAGAAAGUAGCUCUGAUGAAGGAGCCAGAGGAUCCAAAUGCAAAAUCACAUUACUAUGAUGCUUUGCUAAUGUACUCUGGUGCUUUGUACACUGUGGGCCGGAAAGCUGAAGCAGCCAAGUAUUUGCGCAUAAUCUGUGCUUAUGAUCCUUCUUGUAUAUCCUUUCUAAAGAAAUGUGAAAGCGACGAAUAUGAUGAAACUGCUCGAGAAUCAAAUCAAAAUGAAAUCGUUAAUGACCUUGACAAAAGACAGAGAGCAGAUUAGUUUUUCUUUAGUAAUCAUUUAGGCGAGUAAUGACCUUUGUUGAUUACUCAGAAAUUUUGUUUAUUAUAUUCUAGAGUAAUAAGUGUGUGCUGCUCUAUCAAAAUUAUAAUCUGUAAUAAUAUUGUACGGAGUAGUAAAUUAGUAUAUUGCCU